GGGAAGAACCUCAAGAACAAUUACCCAACAGCCAAGCUGGCACCAAAGCGAUUCGGGCCGUUCAAGAUAGAAGACGAAGUAGGAACCGGUGCAUUCAAGCUGAAACUACCCAGGACAUGGAAGAUACAUCCUGUGUUUCAUGCAUCGCUUCUAACACCGUACACGCGGACGAAAGAAUACGGCGAGUCACACCAGAAACCGCCACCGGAUCUCAUAGACGGACAAGAAGAAUAUGAGAUAGAAACGAUCACCAAAUCAAGACGCCAAGGAAGAGGCUAUGCGUACUGCGUGAAAUGGAAGGGCUAUCCUGACUCAGAGAAUGAAUGGAUACCCUUAUCGCGCAUGGGACAUGCUAUGGAACUGGUCAAGGAAUUCCACAGCAACAACAAA